UUCUCUCUUGAAGGUGUUCUGGGUUUAGCAGUCACAUAUGGGCUUGGUUUCAGUUUGCAUGGGGUUGUAUGGGAUCUUAAUCAACUUGAGACAAAAAUCAUAUCUGUUGAGAGAAUACUACAAUACACCUACAUCCCUAGUGAACUUCCUCUAUUGGGAGAAGAAAAUAGGCCAGCUCAUGAAUGGCCAUCACAGGGGAAAAUUGAUAUUAUUGAUCUGCAGGUCCAAUAUGCCCCACACCUUCCUCUUGUUUUGCGAGGUCUCACAUGCACUUUCCCAGGAGGGAUGAAGAUUGGCAUUGUUGGGCGAACAGGAAGUGGUAAAUCAACUCUCGUACAAGCUCUCUUCCGUGUACUUGAACCUACAGCUGGUCAAAUUUGGAUAGAUGGUAUCAACAUCUCUAAGAUUAACCUCCAUGACUUGCGAUCAAGAUUGAGCAUCAUUCCGCAAGACCCAACAAUGUUUGAGGGGACUGUAAGAAGCAAUCUUGACCCGCUUGAAGGGUACACUGAUGAAGAGAUCUGGGAGGCUUUAGAUAGAAUCCAACUUGGUGAUGAAGUUAGAAAGAAGAAAGGGAUGCUUGAUUCUGCAGUGACUGAGAAUGGAGAGAAUUGGAGCAUGGGUCAAAGGCAAUUAGUCUGUUUAGGACGGGCAUUACUCAAGAGGAGUAAAGUAUUAGUACUUGAUGAAGCUACAGCAUCAGUGGAUACUGCAACUGACUAUCUAAUUCAGCAAACACUUAGGCAACACUUCUCAAGGUCUACUGUCAUCACAAUCGCACAUAGGAUAACGUCAAUUCUUGAUAUCAAUAUGGUCCUCCUUCUUGAUAAUGGCCUUGUACUGGAAUAUGAUUCCCCAGCCAAAUUGCUAGAGAUCAAAUCCUCAUCAUUUUCACAGCUUGUUAAAGAGUAUACUCAAAGAUGUAGUUCCUAGUUUUUUAAAGGCUAAAUAAGUGAGCUUUG